AUGUUUGACUCCCACAAACCCCAUCCUCUGCUGGCUCAGGUCCCCUUGACGGUCUCGCCCUUUUUGUCCUUGCCGACAGUUGUGACUCUUCCGUACACUUUUCGAUCCGUGCCGACGUCGCUCCCCCCUUCCCUCGUCUCUGAGAAUGGCCCGGGGAAGCCCAAAUAUGUCACUUCGUCCUCAGGUCAUUCUGCUCACCCAGACGAUAUCAUAAAUUCGUGUAAAGCCCUUCAGGAGCACCUCAAGAAGACCGUAAGGGACGCAGAGAAGGCCAUUGAAGACUGGGAGCAAGAUAUCAAAGACCGAGAUCUGGCAGAGAAGCGACGGGUCGCACCCGGUUGGUUGGAUCGUGAAGAGAAGAUCUUAGAGCCUACCAAGGCACAGGCAAAGGGGGAGAAUCUACUCGAUGGCCAACCUGCGAACACCAUCUCUGCUCCGGCAAUGUCCCCAAGCCGUGAAGGGGAAGAGCUAGACCGAGCGUUUGGCGUACUCCGGGUCAAGUGA